CGGAAGUAGUACGUUGAGCGUACGACGGAGAGCAUGCACAUGGAAAUGUCUCCUACCGGCGUGCUGGAAUUACCUGAUGCGUGUGUAAAAUACAGUUUGGAAUUUCUCCACAUUCGGUCCGGUUUCGAGCGCGUUCAGGCGGUGAGCCAGGUGUCACGGUUAUGUCAAGUUUAUGGCCGCAGGACUCAUCAAAGAACGGAGACCCCAGUGGCAUGAGAAUGAACGGCGAAGGCACUGGUAUAGGGGCUCCGACCCCAGCGGUGGCGGGGUAUUUGGGAAAAUGUGAAGACAGAGAUGCCACACUAGGGAACUGUCCUUGGUGCUUGUCAAAAGGUCAGAAAAAUGCCCUCCGCUUUUAUGCUGUCAACUUGGAGGAGAGUGUUAUGCUCUGUACAAAUCCAGUGUGCCUAUACCCAUUGGUUAGUAGAUCUCUGGAAGAUGUGCGUGCUAGCUUGUCUAAAGAUGGAUGCAAGAGGAGCAUUUCUUCCCUGUCCGAUGUGGAUGAAGCAUUCUCCCCUUCAAAGCGAUGCAGAGAGGAGAAACUGGACGUUUUGUCUGCUGUGCCUGAGCCAUGUGGUGCUGAUGUCAGUGACGGCACCCUUCCAGAUGACACUGUUAAAACACAAGUGUUUACAGAUGAACAAUCAAUUCUUGGAAAGACUGACUCUAUUAAUGGCACUGAGGAACAACAUCCUGAAGAUCUACCUGCUGCCGCCACCCAUGAAGAUUUAGGUUUGUGUGACAAGAAGGAUGAUUGUGUAUCUAGUACUCAAGAUGAGGUUGAAGAGAUCUUUGAAAUGGAUGUAGAUGUGGAAUCAUCAGAGCUGGUUCCUGUGCAACCUCAUCUCUUCUGGAAAAAUGAGGACAACCUGUGUUGGUUGGAUUCGUUGUUGGCGAUGCUUGUGAACUGCAAGACCAUCAGAGAGACUCCAUGUCAGGAUGUAAAGCUGAUAGACAAGUUGACAUCGGUGCCUUCCAGCAACUCUGCUGUCUGGAACCUUUGCUUCACAUAUGAUAAGUCUUGUGCCAAUCUGAAAGCCAAGGAGCAACAGUGUGAAGAUGAGGUAACCAGAGUUCCUGCUGAUGUCCUGUGUGAGGCAGAGCGGCAGAUGUCUGCGCUCCGUCUGUCAAUCUUCAAACUCCUUCAGCCUACACUGAAGUGUGAAAUUGGUCAGCAGGAAACACCCGUGUUUGCCCUCCCUCUCCUUCUACGCUCAGACAAGUGGGCUCAAGAGCUUUUCCAGCAUACUGUCCGUUGGGAAUUUAAGUGCAUGUCUUGUAGUUAUACUCUAAAUGACAGUGUUGAGAAGUCUCUUACAACGUUCACUCAGAUUCUGAAUGACUGGCACCCACUAAAAGCCAUCCACCGCACUCAGUGCAGUAACUGCAACCGUAAAAACCAGAGGAGGAAAAUGGUGCUUGAAAAGCUGUCCUCGGUGUUUGCACUGCACUUUGUGGAGGGCUUGCCCAGGAAAGACCUCUCUAAAUACUCGUUCGAGUUCCAGGGCGCACACUACAAUGUUAGCACCGUUAUCCAGUACAAUAAGCGUCUAAAGCACUUUGCCACUUGGAUCCGCCAGAGCAAUGGGUCAUGGCUGGAAUUCGAUGAUUUGAAAUACCCUCACAGCAUCACCCACAAGAGGUUUUCAUUUCCUGCCAAAGAAAUUCACAUUGUUUUCUGGGAAUCAGACUCCACUAAAGAUGAAGUUUCAGAAGUUUGCUCACCGACAGCUCCCUCGGCUCUCACGAAUGUCGAUGAUAAGCACCUGCGCGAACUGUCAGACUCUGUGGCCAAUGACACGUGCGUCAUCAGCGCGCUUACCUUGGGAGACUCUAUUACUGCCGGCGCUCUGGAUGCAUCCAUCGGCAGCACCACUUUACUGGACACCUUUGAGGGUCUGUCACAUACAGACAUUGUGACCCUCACUCUGGUUGAUGAGAACAAAGCCACUGAGGCUCUUCAGAUUCCCCAGAGCCCAGCCGUCGUCCCGGCCGCUCUCCCCAGUCUUCCUGUCGCAUCUAGUUCAUCUUAUAUCUCCAAGUCCGUUUGUCAACCUUCAAACGCUCCAAAACCCCAAAGUUCUGGUUUGAAGGAAGGAUCUUCGGUUUCCAAUCCAGUUGUGCUGAGACCGUCAGUGGCUACACACGUACAUGCACCGUCACCGCUUGCGUCCUCAUUACUUCAACGCCAUCCUUCCUUCCAGUCGACACCAAUAAGACGUCCUCCUCCUGCUCCUCCUCCUCCUGCUCCAAAACCCAUUCUGAAAUGUGACAACGAAGCUCUGCCAGCAAAGCCAGCUGACAUGUUUGGUGGCUUCAUAAGCAUGAAAUUGCCAAAUUCAAGUGGCGUGAAUCCUGCUGUAGUGCCUCAACACAAACCAAUCACCCUUCCAUCGGUUAAGAAAAAUCCAAGCCUUUUGGCAGACCAGCAGCCUAUUACCACUACAGAAUCCCUCAGACUGAAGCUACUGAAAAAGCUCAAGGCUAAGAAAAAGAAACUGGCCAAAUUAAACCAGCUUUUGGGAAGUGCAGGAGAAUCUGCACCGAAACCGGAUAGCACGGCUCUCUCGUCGCCCUACUCUGUCACCUCUAGUACGUCGGCGUACGACAGUCCAGCGUAUGACCAGUUCUUCGCUGAGCUUUUGUCUCCUGCAACGACCGUCAGUAACCUCUCACCUGACAGCACGGGGCUCCUAGAGAUGUUGAACAACGGCCAGAAUGUGGAAAUGACCGUUGGAAGCGCACAGCAAAAUCCUUGUGUAGCAACUGUGGUUCCAGAAACAACUUUAACCUACCCUUCCUCUCCUAAUGACUCUGUAUUGAAUCUUGAUGAAUACAUACAAUCAGGGAUGGACCAGACUGCAAUUGAGAACACCGAUUUUAAUGGCUUAGAUAUAUUUUUCUGAUCAUGAAUAGCUUUUAGAUUUUACAAAAUUAAAGUUUGGUCUGAUGUCAAAAGUUGUUCUUAAGAACUCUUCUUUGUAGUUUCAUAUUGGGAAUGCAAGACUUUUGUUAGGAAAGCCUGUGGUACAUCAUCAGUUAAAUGAAUCCAGAGUUCAUAUUUUGUCUGAUAUACUUGAAUAUUAAAGGG